UCUCACCCCGGAGUUCCCGUCGCGAUCGAACCCGUAGUCAGGGCGUAGUUUGUUCACUGCACCGCGGAGAAAAACAAGUGAUGGAGUUGAAAGGAAAAGUAGCGCUCAUCACCGGAGCGGCCGCCGGCAUCGGCCUCGCGUAUAGCGAAGAACUCCUCAAACAGGGAGCCAAAGUCUCGAUAUGCGACAUCGAUUCGGAUAACGGCGAGCAAAUUGCCGACGAUCUGGGUGCCAAGUACGGCAGAAAGAACGUUCUGUUCUGCCAGUGCGAUGUUACUGAUUACCCACAAUAUGAAGAGGCGUUCGAGAUGACUCUAAAGGUGUUCAAGCGACUGGACAUCGUGAUAAAUAAUGCAGGUGUCAUGAAUGACAGAUUCUGGGAGCUUGAAGUGGACGUGAACUUGGAUCAGUACCACGUCAACCUUACUGGUGUACGGAGUAUGGUGCUGUGCCCGGGACUGACCGACACCGGCCUAGUCAAGGAGAUCCGUAAACAGCUCAUGUCGUCGGAGUACGAGGCGGCUUGGCAGAGGGAUAAUGCUAACAGCAAAAUGCAGACAGCCGAACACGUCGGACGAGCGUUAAUUGAUAUUCUCGCAAAAGGUCCUAGUGGCUCCGUUUGGAUCGUGGAAAACGGACAGCCGCCAAGAGAGUGGCGCGGUUAACUUCAAAAUCGACCUGGCAACUGGUUUCUCUUCACCUACAACGCGGAGUUACCAACACAUACUACUCAUAAUGCCUAUGUAUCUACUUAAGUACAAGUUACUAACAUGAAGUUUCGUCAUGUAUAGAGACUGUAAGUGAUAUCGAUUGUGAACUGGCAAUCGGUACUAUCUCAAUUUUGACAACUUUACAGGUGAAGAAAAAAAUUGUUUGCGUCAUUUC